AUGGAUGACCUGAGGCUGCAGCUGGAGCUGCUGGCAUUAUCCGGCUCACCCACAACAGCCGCGCAGGAAAUUGAACAACUGCAACAGGCAUUAAUCGAGAAACAGUCACAGCUUUACGCCCUGGAAUCCGCGUGCCUGCGCGAGACGGAACGCCAGGUGGAGCUCGAGGACAGCGUGAUAGCGUGGCAGGACAAGUACGAUCGCCUCUACGAGUCGCACAAGCGCGUCCAGAAGGUCAAUCAGAGUCUCGAGGACAAGAUGCUGAAGCUGGUCGACAGGAACGCCAGCGAACGGGCCCAGCUGACGAGCGAUGUGGCCACGCUGAGCGUGCGGCUGGCCCAGGCCAACUUCAACAUUGCCAAGCUGCAGAGGGAAAUCGAACGCUACAAGGCUGACAUUAGUCUGGCGAUACAACUGCUGCAAUGCAAACCGGAUAGUUUUGUGGCCCAAAAGGUGUCAUCGCUACCCAUCGAUAUCCAAGCCAAGGUAUCGGCCUAUAUGCGACUGGAGACCAACUCGCAUUCCGACUCCGAGUGCAGUAAUAGUGGUGUGGGCGUGGCCACCACAGCUUCCUACAAAGUGCUUCCGGCCUCCGAUUCGCCGCCCCCAGCGGCCUGUCCCUUCCCGCCCACAGCGAUGGUCUAUUCGAUGCGGGGACUCGACGAAACCAAUGGCCACAAUACGGGCAACAAACCUCAACAACAGUCAACCACAAAUAGCAACAACAACAACGCCAACAAGGACACUCUGAACAAAAAUAAUAUUAACAACAAUAAUUCCAACAAUAAUCCACACAAAUUCAACAACAACAACAUCAACAACAACUCGAAUGGAAAUGGGAAUGGGAAUGGAAACGGAAACGGAAAUCACACGACAAGUCAUUCGAUCAAUCCCAAUCCCGAUAUGAUAUCCCCCACGAUUAUGGCCAAAUUCCUGGAGGACGAACUGAAGGCCAAUGAGGUGAAGCACUGCGACACGUGUGCCUGCAGCAAGCAGGAUCUCCAAGUGCUGGCCGACGUCUCACGUUCCUAUACGGUGGCCACCCAGACGCCCCAUCAGCUGCCCCAUCAUCUCCAGGGAUCGUCGACCCUCAACGAGCCGCUGACCCAGCUGUGCCUCAGGUGCCACAGUAAUCUGAACUCGCCCUCGCGUACGAACAGUCCCUACAUGAUGAAGCUCGUCAAGUCCAGUGACUCGGUGAUCUCCGAGACAAAGAGCUCGGUGUCGGAUCUGAACGACAUGGACAAACUCUUUACGCCGGCUAAGAAGGAUGAUCUGAUGGUGAAUCCCAUUUUGGGGCACCAUCGGCUGUGCGAGAGGACUGCUGGCGUUACGGCCUCCACGAUGAUGUAUCCGACCACACAUCUGGGGGCCUAUGCGGCUGAGAAGUAUCUCCUGGAGACGAGUAAUCUCGGCCAGCUGAGGAAUGGCUAUCAAAGGAGGUUCCUGGACGGCGGUGGCACCGCUCUGCAGUUGCUGACCAAAUUCGAAGGAGGUUCGAGUGCCGCUGCAGGACCCCAGGAAGAGCUGGAGGAUGAAUCGAGCAAGCCCCUGCUAGCGGGCAUUUCGCAGGGUAAUCUCCUGGAGGCCGAUCAACUGCCACUGCCACAGGUGCCUGUGCAGGCCACAAAGCUGGAGGAUGUGUGCGAGCCGUUGCCCUUGAAGACAGCUCCUGUGGCAGCUUCAGGCGUGACUUCUGCUGCAGCUGCAGCGGCAGCUGCUGCCCAUUUGAAGUCCACCAAUUCGGGCAGCGUUCAGAGCCUGUGGAGCAACAAGACCAGCAGCUGUGAAGGAGCCAGAAUGUUUGAGACUUUCAAUCGGAACCUCAUUAAAACCAUUAAGGCGGAGAAUCCCAAGUAUCGAGGACCCCGACUGUGUGCGAUGCGGAUCCAACAGAAUGGACAGAGCAACAUCCUUUUGGACAACUUGGAGUCCAUUGAGGCCUACAAGCCCGUCAUCUACAAGCGUCGCGAACGCCUCUUAGAUGAGGAGCUAAACGAUGGCAAGGACAUCAUCACGUCGAAGGACAGCAAUGCCGCAUCUGCGGUGGAGGCAUGGCAGGGACCAGCGGCGCCACACGAGAAUGUGGUGCUGCAACCCGUACUAGAACCCCUCGUAGAGCCCCAGCAAGAGACUGAACAGGAGGAGAGCAGCAACAGCAAGCGAGCAGGAGGAGAGACAGGAGGAGGAGCCAUAGCAGCCGUCAGCAGUGGACCGGCAGUGCACUCGCCCAAGCAUUCGGCAAACUCCAGCUCGAUGAGCGAUGCCAUCGACUACCAGGAGAGCGUCCUGCUGCGCCGCCAGCAGCUGAGUCGCGUGGCCGAAUGGGUGCAGCACAACACACAGCAGUUGGAGCAGAGGAAUCUCCAGCAGCCGCCGCUACCAAGCGACUCCACAGCGGGCACAGAGCGACAGUCCUCGUACUCCACUCUGGAUCGGAUGGACUCCAUUUCGAUAGAGAAGCUGUCAAUGGACUCGGGCUACAAGACAACGCCCCAGCAGCUGACCAACGGCCCCACGGAGGACUCACUGUCCCCCAAGACGGACAUCACAAGCAAUUCCCUGCCGGAGGCAGCCGCCGGUGCACCGAUGGCCAAGAAGACAGAGCUCUGCACCACAUACUACAGGCGGACCACCAGAUCGGGACUGCCAGUGGCAUACACCACCACUGCAGCAGCAGCCGCGGCUGCCGCCACUGCCGGCACCACUCCAGGGGGGGAUUCGCUGUCCUCUGGCUCCGGCUCGGCGCCUCUGAUGUGCCCGGAACAGCCCACGUGUGAUAUUCUCAACUAUAAAUACUAUCCCAAUGACACGGACAAGACGCGAUCCGUGCAGGCGGAGCUGCACACGACCACACAGCACGUGGACAUCGCCCAGAUGGAGUACAAUGUGAAGCAGUUCCUGCUCAAGCAGAACGAGUGGUCCAUGAGGGGCGGACAGGAUGGUGCCGCCCAAGGAGCUAAUGCCACAGGAGGCGGAGCACCAGCCAUGCCGGGAGGAGUCCGUCUGGUGCGGCACACACGUCUGAUGGGACCAGGAGUGGGGGAACGGGUGCGUAUGGCCACGCCUGGUGGAGUUGUGGCCGCCCAACCAGGCGCCAUGGCGCCGCACAGAACUGAAACGAAUUUAUAAGAAAAGCGAAGGAAGGGAAGCCGGAAAGAGGAACCCAAGGAGAGGAAGGAGGAGCAGCAGGAGUUGCAGAAGGAAUGGCAUGCCGCAUGGCUGCAAGCGACGAAUCCAAAGAGUAAACCAAACUGUAUUCUAGUCUAGUUUUUGUGUUCUUUGUUUUUUGUUUGCUACUUUUACGUUCAUACGAGUAUUCUUCGAUCCAUAUCCAUAUCCAUAUGGAUCAAGGUAUAUAUUAUAGAAGGCUAAGCAAUGUGCUAGAUGUGACUUAAGUUGGGAUUAGGGCAUCGAUCGGAUAGCAGCAAUGGAUGAUACUAUAUGUACGAUAUAUCUAAUACACACAAACACACACAAACACAAACUACAACUAGGAAUACUGCUUUGUUGCCAUAAGAUUACUCUGUAAAAGAACUUAGAACUGUUUGUGGACAAGGGAGAGAGAGACAGAAAGAGAGAUAUGUAGUUGUGGCACUUGUGGGGAUCUAUCUAUAAGAAUGUUUUCCGCAUUUAUCCUGCUUCGUAUGAUAUCAUUCCAAUAUUCCUGGAUAUUUCAUAGCUUUUCUUAUGAAAUUUCAUACUAGACAUUUUUGUAAUAAUAUCAGUCGUUUUUCCUUUAAAAGUUGGGUUUUUUAAUGACCAAAUCUGUUCUAAACAUUCUAAACUGGUUCUAUAAGAAAACUCUC